AUGGAUCGGAACUUCAUCGGAGCUAAUCCUGCUACGACGGAGAACCACCACCACACUUCCAAUUCUGCUAUCACCGCCGAUUUUGACGAAAUGUUGGAUAACUUACUUCGGCUGGAUCUUAGUGAGUUCGAUUUCAGCCUCUUCGACAUCCCAUUACCGCCUUCGUCACAGCAGCCGGUAACUGGUGAGAUGCCUGUCGAUCCAGUUCUUGCACCGGCGCAGCCGCCACAGCUUCCGAACAUCUCAGAGGCAUCUGAUAAUGCUAAUGUGAUCGAAAUGAACAGUGCCCUACCAGCAUGCGGCGGAAACCGUGGUGGAGAGAGUGUAUUACGCCCCCGUCGUGACAGCAGCCGUGUUUGUCUUGGCAGCGGGUCCUCAGGAACAUCGUCUUAUAAGAAGAGGACGGUUAUACCCCCGGAAAAGCUUGCGGAACUUGAAAUUGCAGAUCCCAAAAAAGCACAGAGGAUUAUUGCCAAUAGGAUUUCUGCUAAAAUAUCCAAGGAGAAGAAAAAGAACUAUGAAAAAGAGUUGGAAAAGAGAGUUCAAUUACUUCAAAUUAAAGCGGAUAGUGUAACUGCUGAGCGUAUGAUGGCGAUGAAUGAAGCUAUGAAAUUAGCUGCUGAGUACAAGAGAAUCAAAGACCUCAUACAGUCUAAAUUACAGCAUCAAGAACAGCAAAGAGCUGUCAUUGAAUUGAUGAAGGAAGAAGCAAAUAUGCUUGAGAUGCAAAUUCAUGAAAUGAAUACAGCAAUGGCUGAUUUGUCUUUUGGUGAACCAGGCUCUCAAUCCCAACUUCAGGUUCCUCAUCAGCCAGAACUCUACAUACCGCCACAGCCGCUUCUGGUUCCUCCUCCACCAUCAUUCGGCGAGCCUUUACUUCCUCUUCCACCAUCUUCCUUUGGCGAGCCUUUACUUCCUCCUCCGCCGUCUUCCUUUGGCGAGCCUCUACUUCCUCCUCCACCAUCUUCCUUUGGCGAGCCUUUACUUCCUCCUCCGCCAUCUCCGUUUGGCGAGCGGUUAGUUCCUCCUCCGCAAUCUCCCUUUGGUGAGCCUUUUAGUGACCAUUUUAUUGGCGGCGACUUUUUAAAAAAUACAUGGAACUAG